AUGCUCCACCGCUCUCUACCGCACUCUAAUUGCUCUCUUCCUCUCCAUCAUCCCCGCUGCUCUCCAGACAGCCACGAGCGCCCGCUCUCCCGCCGCACCUGCCACGCUCGCAGCCACAGCCCAAGAGGAUACAGUCACUCUGGUUGCAGUCACAAUCACAAUCAGCAUCGCUGUGACCAACGUCUGCUGCUCGGAGUGCUCCUUCUCGCGUUCCUCUCCUUGCGGCAUGCCGUGGCUCGAGAGGAGGGUCUGCAGGGACAGGAGGCUCAGGAGGAGGGCAAGGGGCGGCAGGAGGCCCUGUUGGGUCGCGUGCAGCAGUUCGAGCGAUCGCUCGCCGAUCAGCUCCACAUGGAGCGGCGGGACUUACUAAGAAAAUCAGCAGCGCCAUUCAACCGCACCCUGCACACAUCCGCCCUGCCCUCCAUAAUGCUCGACUACUACGAGCUUCAACCCCACCUCGGCCCGCGCCUGCGGUGCCGCGGCCCGCCCUGCCCCAAGUUCGGCCACUGCGGAUCAUCCUUCCCCCACAUACAAGCCUGCUGGAACGACCAUCUCACGGACCCGCGCCCACUCUUCCCCGCAGACCCGCUAAACUGCCCGCGGCUUCAGCCCGUGGAGGAUGUGGGGCGGCUGCGGCGGCCGUGGUACUUCAUCGAUAAGCAGUGCUCGCACCGCGUGGAUGUGAAUGCGAGGGAUGCUACUGCCAUGCAGGUGUUCAAGAUGAAGGAUGUGUACUCGGCGUUUGGGGGAUACGUGUUUAACUUGACGCAUCGCUUCAACCGCAACGGCUGCACUCGCUUCCUCAAGGCGACGCUCACCCCCAACAUGACAGUAUACCAUUUGAAAUCGAUGUUCAAUUGGGACUACCGCCAGGCGGGCAACUUCUACCAUUUCAUCAUCGAGGCCGUCCCGCUGCUCUAUGCCGCUGCCCGCCUGCUGCCCUCGCUGCUGCCUGACAUCCCUAUUGCUGCCAAGAGCGACCAGUGGGAGGUGUACGACCAGAUAGGGCUGCCCAUAGUGGGCGUGCCUCGUGAAGACAUGUGGACCAUCCGAGUGCGUGCAUGGGAGAUCGUACAUGCCCACACCAUGUACCAGCCCAUGGCGCAGACGUGUGGCGGCCCCAAUAAGGCCCUUUGGACGCACCUCCGGAGCCACCACCUGCUGCCGCCCGGCGGGCUGCCGCUCUUCCACCGCAACUGGACGCUGCGCUUCGUGCCGCCGCUCGCCGACCAGGACAUGGCGGCGCUGCCGUCCGACUGGGUGGUGGUGCUGGGCAAGCGGCCAAUGGCGAAGCGCGCGCUGGUGAACUGGGACGGGCUGCGGGACGCGGUGUACGAGAGCUUUGAGAGCUUUGGGAGCGAGCGCAUCGUGGUGUUCCAAGGGGACCUGCGCAUCAUGGAAGCUCGAGCUCUCUUCCGCCGAGCACGCCUGUUUGUGUCGGGCCACGGGGCCGCCUUCGCCAAUGUCAUCUUCAUGCCCGCCAACGCCUCGAUCUAUGAGAUCCGCCCGCGCAAGUGUUACAACGCCUGUUACAACAACCUUGCAUAUGCUUGCUCUGUGCGCUACCACCUCUCGUUCGGAGACGGCACGUGCUAUUCGUCUUUAAAGGCCAACUUGACUCAUGUGAGGGAGACUCUUUCCACAAUAUCGCAGAGAUUUAGGGACGAGGAUGCUGCAAUUGCUGAACAAUAA